UGAUGACGUUAACGACAGGGUGGGGCGAUUGUAUGUGACGUCACCAAGAUGGUGGUGGGAGCGUUUCCCAUCGCUAAACUCCUGUACCUGGGGAUCCGUCAGAUAAGCAAACCUUUAGCGAACCGGAUCAAGGCAGGCGCUCAAAGAAGUGAAUUUUUCCGUACCUACGUUUGUCUCCCGCCUGCUCAAGUAUAUCACUGGGUGGAAAUGCGUGCCAAAAUGAGGAUCAUGGGAUUCCGGGGAGCAGUAAUCAAGCCUUUAAAUGAAGAUGCAGCUGCCGAGUUGGGGGCAGAACUUGUAGGAGAGGCCAUCGUCUUCCUUAUUGGUGGCGGAUGUCUGGUGGCAGAGUAUGCAAGGCAAUCAGCUAACAGCCGUAGGAAAGAGGAAGAAAUGGAGGCCAGACUGGGCUCGAUGGAGACUGAGCUUGCACGUUUGGGACUCCUCACAGAGGAACUGGAAACCAGGGCCCGUGUAGCAGAGAGGCAACAGCUAGCUGUCAAAUGAUGCAUCCAGUCAAAUUUCUCCACUAAUCUUACAUAAACUUCUUACCUCUACAAAAGACCUAACUGUAACACUGGAGAUCUUUGGGGUGUGGCCAGUUGUACAAGGGAGUGAACAGCAUAUCUGCAAAUUAGGAUUUUUUUCUUUGAAAAAACAAUGUUGUACAUAUUAAAAAUAUAAAUAAAAAGUGCACCACAGUGA